GAGGAAUCAUAAUAUUCAGAACAUCCAGGAGGUUGGAUAGAAUGGUUUUGUGCACAUGAAGAUCAUCAAUUUUUAUGUGAAGUUGAUGAUGAUUAUAUUUGUGAUCCUUUCAAUUUAAUUGGAAUCAAAGGGAAAUUCAAUUUCUUUAAGUAAUUAUUGAUAAUUAAUUAUUCUAGUGAAGCUAUCAAUAUGAUUUUAUAACCUACUUCUCCUGAAGAUUAAGAUUUAGAAGAUGAAAGGUUUACUUAUAUUACAUGACAAAAGAUUUUUAGAAGUUUAUUAAGAAGCAUCAGACAUUUAUGGUUUACUACAUGCUCGAUUCAUAUUUACAUCUAAAGGAUCAGCAAUUAUGCGUGAACGAUAUUUAUAAGGAAAAUUUGGUCAUUGUCCUAGAAUAUAUUGUGAAAAACAGAAUGUGAUACCUAUUGGUUUAUGUGAAGAUCUCAAAACUGCUAGAAUUAAAGUUAAUCAAAAUAAUCUAAAUAGGUAUUUUGUCCAAGAUGUGAAGAAGUAUAUAUGCCAAAAAAGAAAUGUGCUGAUAUAGAUGGAGCAUAUUUUGGAAAAUCAUUUCCUCAAUUCUUAUUAAUGGUUAUUAAUUUAAAUAUUUAGAUAUAGACUUAUCCAGAUCUUCAUCCAAAAUUUUAGUUAUUACCAGAUACUUAAAUCUAAGUAGAUUUUGAACCAACAUUAUUUGGAUUUAAAAUUGCAGGUAAACAAGGUAGUAAAAUGAAGAAAAUUGAAUAAUAAUAGUAAUAUAAUCACAUUAUUACAUAAUCAAAUAUUUAAUAAAUAGAAUAAAAUAUAAUUAAAUAAGAGCAAAAGUAAUAUUAAAUAUAAAAAUAAUAAUAAAAAGAGCAAUAAGAUUAAUAAUCACAUUAAUAGCAAUAAUCUGAUUAGAACAAAGAAAAAUCUCAUAAGAAAAAGAACAAAAAAAAACAUAAACAAUGA